AUGACACCAACAAAUGUAACCGGACCUGUUGCACAGAGAAUUUUCGGCAGGAUACCUUCUUUUAGGUUGCUAUUAACACGAUUUAAAUCUUCUGUUGGAAGUUAUAAGCUGUUGCCGUCACGGCAAAGGAAGUCGGACACCAAAUCGAAACAUACAAGUCAGUUGCAAUUCAAAGUUUCAAAAGUGGAUAAAAAAGAAGCACGAAAAUUGGAGGAUUUAGCACAGAAACAUGAAUCACACGUACUGAGCAUUCUAGAGAAGCCUCAAUACAACAAUAUUGAUCUGGUAGUGUCCAAAAGAAUUCAAAGUUUAAAUUCAUGCAUAAACGAAGGAACCGAUGGGCUAAUCCAUACAGAGAAUGGCCUUAGUUGGAUCAUGGAUCAUUUUGGAUCCUCAUUUUGGUCAGAUUUAAACAAGGAUGAACAAAUAUUUAUAAGAAAAGUAAUGGAUUGUCAACAUGCCACGGCACUACAAUUAUUUAUACGAAAGACCCAUAAUCAAAAAUGCCUUGCUGUAAUUUUAGAGGAAUUGAUAGUUAGAAGUGAGUUAGAUGAGCGAAGUCUCAUUUCCAUAAUAAUGCGACUGGACCUAGAUCAUUUAAUAUCUUUGCAUCAAAGACUAAGUUCCAAUUCUUGCUUGGUAAAACAUUGGGACAUAGAUGCAAAUGUUCGUAUAAAAUGUGAAAUUACGCUUGCUUUUAGGUACAAAAUGCUAAGGUCGAACAUGCUGUGCAGGUACAUUAUUGAUCAAUAUUUAGAGACAGAAUGGUUACCAUGUCUAAAGAUGAAUGCCUUUAAUAGUCCAAUUUUCCUGAGAAAUAUGGUAUAUCUUUUAAAGGACGUUGUGAAGGACAGGCAGAUAACAAAUCUUGUUUUGAAUUAUAAUAUUCCAUCAUUAACAUAUUGCUACUGGGAGUCAAAUCCAGAAAUAUGUGAUGUUCGUUCUAGCCUUAUCUCAUUGUGUGAUCAGCUCAACAUUUUCCAGCAAGUCAUUGUGAAGUUGAUCAAUACUUCAUUAAUAUCCACAGACAAAAAAUACAUCCGCAAACUGUGCUAUAUUUCAAAAGACUUUAAACUUUCAACAGAAGGAGAAUUGAAUUAUUCAAGCGUGAUAAAGUUUACGAGCUCUAUAGAAGUUUUACUAUCGAAAUUGAAAGAGGACACAAACACUGGAACAGCUGAAGGAAUGUAUCUUUUUACGGAAUCAAUACGUAUAUUUGAAAACUUUAAAAGGCGCACAUGCAGGAACAUGGAACAAACUGUCUGUAUUCCAAUAGGAUUUAUUGGGGAUUAUUCAGGAACUCAAGGUCAUCAAGAAGUUUGA